AUGAAUGGCCUCGCGUACCUGGCGCCGUCUGCACCCACGGACGAGCAAGACGCCGAAGUGACAGCGCCACCGCUGGAGCUCGCCCCAACGACAGCUGCGCCAGUUGAUGUCGCCACUAAAUAUGCACCUCUCGUCGCCAACGCGUCGAUCGCGACCGUCCACGACCUGCUCGUCGCUCCCGCUACCAAGAUCUCGGCGCCAAUCUACCCCGCGCUGAGCAUGCUCAAGCCCAUCACGUUCACGCCCCGCGUCGCCAAGGUCCGGGAGUUGCCGUCACCGCCCAUGCUGCCGCUCCGCGAGGUUCCUCGUGUGCCCCUGCGCCGCAUCGACAACUACGAAGCCAACCUUCGUCUCCGAGAUGAACACGUGCAGGCGUACGACGAACGGCUCCAAGUGCUCGAGAAAGCGCCAACGCCAUUCUACCGGCUCGUCGAGGCCUAUCUCUACUGCGAGUAUGCGCUGCGGGUCGCGUCGUCCACGGUGGCAGCGAUCGAAGCCGAGAUUGCCGACAAGGCGCGCGCUGUGUGGACGACCGGAUUUGACUCGGUGUCGGCGUCGGCGCUCUGUGGCGACCUCCAGACGCUCACCGAGACGAUUGAAUUUCCCACUGCGAGUCUCGACCUGGACAUGCGCGAUGCGCUUCUGAAGCAGUGGCAGGCACUUCGGCAGCUGCGGUCGGCAGAAGCCGCCGUCUACACGUACGACCGCGCGCUCGCCUUUCUCCGUGUUGAGCAGCAUCUGGACGGCCUUCUUCUCGACGCCAUGAACGCCAUCGACGACAUAACGGACGCUAUGGACGUGCUCUGGUUUUUGGAGAAGGAGGUGACGCGGGCUCAGUCGCCGCUGCUCGGCGUCGUGCCAUCGGCGCUUCGGCGCGGCCAGCCGAUCGUAGAAGACGACGAGACGAAGCAGUUGCAGUGCCCGGCGUGCGGCUGCCUCUGUGCGUUUGCCACGGGUCCGUGCUCUCGCUGCGAAGCUCUGCUCGUGGUACCCCGGUCGACCGUCGCGCUCUCGUCGCCCGAGUGGAAGCUCGCGGUUGCUCAAGUUCGCGUCUCGCUCCAGCACUGGCUCGGGCGCUGCGCGACGGCCCUCCUCGCAACGGACCCCGCGCCAGUGCUGCCGUACCUCCUCACACAUUUGCUGCACGUGCCGCUGCUGGCGUCCGACCGGCGCUGGGCGCUGGCUUUUCUGCAGCUGCCACCGCUGCCGUGGUCGCGCGAGAUCCUCGACUUGUUCUUGUUCUUGUGGCAUCUGCUGUUCCACCCGACGCAACUGCCGCCGCAAGUCGUGACCGCCCACGACGAGACGGAGAUGUCGCCUCGGAAGCAGCGCCGGUCGUCGAGUGUCGACGAGUGGUUGCUGAUUGAGCCCGAAGUCGUCGACGACCGCCCGCAACUCCUUAGCGACGCCGACUACACGGCGCUCUGCAGCCAGCUGCCGCUCGGGCGCGCGGUGGCCCACAUCUUGGCGUCGGACGACCUAGCGCAGUGCUUUGCGCAUCUCUUGUACCUCGUCCACGAGUGCACGAGCGUCUUUGAGCGCUUUGCCGACUACGACUUGCUCGUUGCGCACGUCGCGGACGGUCUUGGCGUCAUCCUCGCGGCAGCUGGUGCUCACCCGGGCUCCCUCUUUGACCAGCUUUUUCAGAUUGCACUCUUUGGCGUCGUCCAGUCGCGCAACGUGGCCGUGUACCGCAGCCUCCCGAGCUGGCACUACGCCGCGUUGUCUCCGGCGGCGUCGUGGGACGUUCUCGGCGGUCUAUUUGGCCAGGCCUCGGUCGGCGCCAACUCGUACGUGGCUUUCCAGUGCUGGCUCGCCGACAGUCCAAACCUUCGCGCUCGCUUGCACAAGCACGUGCUUAAGGGUCCUGGCAAGUACCUUCUCGGGGCCAUGGCGUCGCUCGCAGCUGUCGCGCCGUGGAGCGAGCUCGUCCAGACCAUCGUCCACGAGCUCUUUCUGUCGUUUGAGGCAACGCGCGUCUUGGACGUGCACGUCGACGCACUUCGGGUCGUCUGCGUCGCACACCCGAUGGCGCACUCGCAGCUCCUCGCGCUCUUGCCGCAGUACGAGUGUGGUCUCGCGCUCUUUCCCAAGCUGCCGCUGCGGCUGUGGCAACCGACGCUGUCGGAUUUGCACAUUUUGCAAGCGUGGCUGCUCCAGGAGAACGUCAUGGACGCCCGCAGCGUCGUCGCCCGGUCGAUUCUUGAGGGCCUCAACUGGGGCGACGCACCCAACACGGUCCAUGUCCUGUUCCUGGACCCGUUCGUGCACCGGUUUGUGAGUUUGCUCCUGGCCGAAGCCACGGUGCAGCUCUACGCGUCGGCGCGCCAAUGGCCGUGGUCGAUGGACUUUCGGGCGUGGGCGUGGCAGUUGAUGCAGCAGCUGCGCUUCUACUCAACGGCCGACUACCUCCCCUGCUGCCGCUGAUUGAGCUCGACACGGAUCUGUCCAAAGAGGCGCUUUUGCUGCGACGACUCACGCACGGCCUGCCACGCAGCCACCUCGUGCUCGGC